UGGAUACCAGAACAUAUCAACCUAACACUAAUACAUGUAGCGAAAAUUAAAAUUAUUUAUUGCUUUCACAUUAAUGGAAACUACAGAAGUCACAAGUAUGAUUAGAUAAUACUGUUGAAGUGAUAACACUUUAAACGGUCAUCUCACAGUUGAUGAAUCAUUAUUUUAAUUAACUUCGCUUGCAAGAUGAAUUGUGGCGCGUUUUUCAAGGUGCACUUUCCAACUUUUUCACAUUGAUGACUUCGUGUGCAAAUACUGUCUACACGUUUUUUGUUAAAUUUACAUUUUUUAUCAACAAACAGUUCUCAACUGUCUCAAAAUGAUGCAUAGAAAUCACUAUUUUUUAAAUGACUCAUGUCUAUUUUAUACAUUCGUUCAAGAUAUCUUUUUUUACUGCAAUUAUUCUAAUUACAGAAUAUUCAUAAUUUUGCACAUUCUAAUUUGUAUUGUUGAUUAAACUAUUCAAACUAUAGUAUUACAUUUGUACAGUACAAUGCGUUUUACAUUAAUAAUAAUAAACAGGCAUAAACCUGUUUAUUUCAAAAUACGAUUGCAAGUCAUCCAAUAUAUUUACAGGUGAAUUAUGUAAAAAAUUUUAUGAUAAUUCCCGUUCUUUGCGAUCCAACAUGGAGCGAAGAUUCGGACAAAAUAAUACGAGAGUAUUUCGAGGAUCCAUCGCACUUGGUGUUAAGUACAUUCUACGAGGGAAAUACACUGCAAGCUGUUUUAAAUAUCCCGACACACGCUCCCAAGGGAUUCACAUACUUUUUAAGAUCAUCAUGGCAGAUUUAUACGGCAGAAAAUUUUUUAAACACCGUUUUAUUCGGCAGUAUCAAUGAAAGUUUUGAAAACUGCGUUUUGAAGUUUAUGGAAAAUGUUUAUGCACCAUUCGCACUUCGCUGCGAGAAUUAUUCAUCAUUUCUAAGAAACGAUCUGUUUUUAAACUUGCACGAGUUUAUCGUACACCUAACCGAGACAAUUUAUAAACCGAUGGGUUUGACUAUUUUGUACGUGCCAAAGGAACGCUUGGAAAUAUUUUCGAAAUCGUCUAGGAAGGACGAUUAUUUCAUACUGGGUGAAAAUCAGACUACGACUAUUUCGGAAGAAGAUGAAAGAAAGCGUAAGAUGGUUAGCAGAUUAGAGAAAAUAAUUUUUCACUGGAUCAGACAAAUGCGUGAAGUAACAGGAAGAACAUCGUCGAUAAGAACAGUUAAUAUUAUAAAAGAUGAAGUAGAUCUUUGCAACUCGGAACAUUCAAACUUGAAGCAAUUGCAGGCUCGACUUCUCAAUCCAGAAGUACGGUUUAUCAUUGAGCUGCUGAAAGACUUGCGUUCCCCCGUAGCGACGAAAUUUGAGAAAUUAACUGUGCUUGUCGACGCGAAAUUGAAGGAAACCUCGUCAAAUUUAACGUACCUAAACAUCUUAUAUGGUUUUUGUAAAAAUUUAAAUAUUCCGGAGGACGUUGAAAAUUCGGUAACAGAAGCUUUGCUUUUAAUAGUGUACAUUUGGACUGAAUCGCCGUUCUAUUCUAUCGCGAAUAGGAUAGGAACUCUUUGCCAAGCAUUGAGUUCGCAGAUAAUACAUCAAUGUAAAGAAUAUAUAAAGCUGGAUGUUAUUCUAGAAAGUAAUCCGGAGAUGGGUAUAGAAAAUCUGGAAAAGUGUAUAUCUUGCUGUGAUGCGUAUAAAACAAUUUACAAUAAUAUAGUGAUAAACGUUAUUCCUCGUAUUGAUCCUGCUAAAAAAUGGAGUAUAAAUAAUGGUGAAGUAUUCGAUAAAAUUGAGGCUUUUAGACAGAGAUGCAACGACAUUAUCGAAAUUUGCCAAGCUUUAAUUAUAUUUGGAAGAUGUAAUAAAGUAGGAUACAUCGGAAGUGUUAAAGGAAUCGAUUACGAAGCUUACUGGCGAGAGAUUGAAAACUUGUUUUACGAAAGUUUAAACGAAAUUAUAGCGGUUCGUGAAAUCGUAUUCGAUGUUACGAGAUCUAUAUGGCUCAGAAAAAUUAAAAAAUUUCGGUGCAUGAUAUUGCAAUUAGAAAAUAUGACAAUAAAUCUGAUUAACGAUAUGUUCAAAGACGUUGAAAAUGUGGAAGAAGGUAUCGAGGCGAUUUUUGCUUUCCGAAAAUUUGAGAAAAGAGAAAGCUUGAGAGAACUUCUGCAAAAUAAACGGAUACAGGUUUAACAUAUUGAAGUAAUUAGCAAUUUUAGCAUGUUACAUACAUCUACUUGUUUCUUUAACAAAAUGCAUUUAAAAUUCACAGGUGUGGAAAAUUUUUAGUAACGAAAUCGAGUAUUGUUAUACCAAUGCGAUUGACGAAUCGAGGGAGAAAGCUGAUAUUAAUACAGAAUUGUUAUGUAUAUUCCAAUAUUUAAAACGUCAAUAUAUUAUAAUGGCGAAUGCAUUGAAUUGGAUAGGAGAGUAUGGCGUUGAGAAGAGUAUCUUACAGCAAUGCGAAUAUAUAUUAGAUGUAAUUGACAAGAGAAGAAAGAUGUUUAACAUUUACAAUAAAAAUGGAACACGCUAA